CAGAUAAUGGAGGCACCAAAUGCCCAGGAUGUUUUGCUGGUUAAUUCCGUGUACGCCAUUCCCACUGAGAGUGAAGAGAUCGUGCCUGGUAAUGCUGCCGUGUCUGCCUCAUCCAUCAUGGGAGUCAAUUUGAAUGGUGCCUGUGUGAACAGUGCUGACAAAGUGCAAGCAGUGGAGCGGCUGUGGAUGCCAGCAGCGUCUCAGGCAACGUGAGGGCAAGAUGCAGCAGCAGUGUGCUUCCAGUGUGACAGGUGCUGGUGGAAAGGGAGACAGUUAUCAGAAUGGAUCCAAGUCCGUUUGCAGGAAAACUGGGCCUUCUGGCAUUCCCCAGGCUGUCUCGAACUCACCAGAAACUCUGUGGCCCAAGUGCAGAUCAGAUGAGAGCAAAGAGCCUUCCCCAGGUGUGGGUUUCCAUGGCAACUUAAGGAAGUCUCAGGGAGCUAAACCUCAAAAAAGUGAAGCUUUGCAGUCGCUCAUUCUAAGUCUUCCUAUGCAAGAAACCGAUUUGCGUACUGUGGAUCCAUCCUUGAAAGAGCAGAAUGAAGAACAGAUACGGUCAAAGGCUCAGCGGCAUCUUGAAGACCAGCUCAAACAGUACCGAGUGCAAAGGCACCAGCAAAGAUCUAAAAAACCGACAUCAAGAAAUCAACUCUCCAGUACUUUGGACCCCGAGGUGAUGUUCCAUCCAGAUGCCCUUCCACGUGCCAGCACCCUGGCUUUGACCAAGGAGUACACUUUCCUGAGGACCAGCGUUCCCCGAGGACCCAAAGUUGGCAGUCUUGGAAUUCCCAACAUUUCCAAAGAUGAAAAGACUUCAAAGAGUUCCAGAUCCAGCAAAAUAAGGUCCCUUGCAGAUUAUAAAACUCAGAGUUCAGACACUGAAAGUGGUAUUGGAAGAUCUUCCAGCGCUGAAACAUUGGGAUCCCUGAAAGUAAAUAGGACUGGUUCCUCUACAUCUGUCAUAUCUGAAUUCGGCUUUGCAUCAGAAAGUGACAGAUUAGAGAUUUCAUUGCACACAGAAGACAGCAGCUCUGAGGUGGAUGGCUUUGAGCUUGGAUCAAGGCUAGAUGAGAAUGAGAGUGAUAGCUCUUCCUACAGCAGUGUUUCCACUGUGGCCCUCUACGGGACCGUGCCCUCGCUGCACGCACGGCAGAAAACCACCUACACAGUAGAUGGACAAGAGAUUUCAUCGGAGGACCUGGGGCACUUCCCUUCCAUCCGGGAGGUGCUGGCGGCAGCAGCAGCUGCAACAGCAGAGCAUCGCAGUGAGAUGCAGCAAGUGAAUGGAGCAGUGCGCAGCCGAAGAGACAGCCUGUCCAGCAGUGUUUCCGUGGGAAGCUCCGUGAUCGAAUCACACGAGGACCUGAUGCAGAUUCUUAAAGAAAAAAUGCGGCUCGAGGGUCAACUGGAAGCUCUCUCCUCUGAAGCUAAUGAGGGUUUAAAGGAGAAGACGGAGCUUCAGGCCAAGUUAGCAGCUUUAAACGCCCAGCUGCAGGCACAGGAUGAGCAGAGGGUGCUCAGUGAUCAGAGGCAAAGCACGUUGACCUCUGAAGUGAGCACCUUGCGCCAGACGUCCUCCAGUCUAGAGCAGGCCAUGUCUGAGCUUCAGACCAACCUGGAGGUCAAGAAUGCCAGUCUAGCUGGUCUGAACACCGACCUGCAGGUGGCUGAGGUGCAGUACCAGAGACUGCUGGCGAAGGUUGAAGAAAUGCAGCAGGCAAUUCUGAGCAGAGAUAACUCCGUUCAGGCUGUGCGGCAACAAAUGGCCGUUCUACAGAACCAGUUGCUGCAGGCACAGCUGGAGCGUUCCACAUUGAGCAGCCAGCUCAAGGCUUCCCGCUCUGAGAUAACCUCCCUACAGCAGGUCAGGCAGUGGUACCAGCAGCAACUUACUGUGGCACAGGAGGCAAGGGUCCGCUUACAGAGUGACAUGGCCAAUGUGCAGGCUGGUCACAUGACUCAUGCCGCAGUGCUGGAACACCUGAAGAUUGAGAACGUGUCUUUGUCUCAGCAACUCUCGGAGACCCAGCAGAGAUCCAUCAAGGAAAAGGAGCGCAUCGCAAUCCACCUGCAAAAUAUUGAGGUUGACAUGUUGGACCAAGAGAAGGCUUUUCAUCAGAUCCAAGAGGCAAAAGCAAUGGUGGAAGAUGAUCUGUCAAGGAAACUUGAAGAGUUUGAGGAUGAGCGCGAGCAUCUUCAAAAAAUGGCCAAUUCUGCCUCUGCGUUGGAACGAGAGCUCGAGGAGGUUAAGUUGACUUUGCAUCAACGAGAGCUCCAACUAGAAAGCCUGCAACAGGAGCAAAUGGAUCUUCUGAGACAGCUUACUGACACCCAAGAGGCCUUUCACGUCAAGGACCAAUCCUUGAACGGGUUGCAGGCGCGUUACGACGAGCUGGAGACCUGCCUAGCGGAGAUUCAGACAGAAACAAAUGCCAAAGAUGAUGCCAUCCAGUUCUUGCAAAAUGAGAAAAUUGUCCUGGAAGCGGCCUUGCAAACCGGGAAGAUGGAUCAAGGAGCUCUGGAGGAAGGAGCCAAAAGGCUUGAGGAGGGAACGGAGAUGGUGUCUGAAAUACUCGAGCAACUGCGUCAAGAAAUUGCCAUCAAGACUGGGCAGGUGGAAAAUAUGCAACAAGAGAACGCCAGCUUUAAGAAACAGACGCAGAAACUGAAGGAACAGCUUGUCCAACAGAAGGUAAUGGUGGAGGCGUAUCGGCGUGAUGCAAAUUCGAAGGACCAGCUAAUCAACGAGUUGAAAUCGGUGAAGAAGAAGCUGGAGGUGGCGGUGAAGGAGCUGAAACAAGAAGUCGUCGCGCUGCAGACGGACAAAAGAUCCGCACUGAACGAACAUGUGCGAUUGCAAAAGGAGAUCUCCCGUGUCCACCAACAAAUGACUGACCUGGAGAGCCAGCUUCAGUCGGCUCAGGAAGAACGUGACGAGCUCAACACUGAGCUACAGGCCUUGCAGUUUGACAGGAACCAGCUGGUGUCAUUCUCUCAAGAGAAUGAAGUGCUCCAGAAACAAGUGGAGCAGAUGCAGGAAGAAACUAAAAAAGGCAUCUCUGAGCAGAAGACCCGAAUGAAGAAGCUGGGCACUGAUCUCACCACUGCACAGAAGGAAAUGAAAGCCAAGCAUAAAGCUUAUGAAAAUGCCGUGGGCAUCCUGAGCCGCCGCCUACAGGAAGCCCUGGCUGCGAAGGAGACUGCCGAGGCCGAGCUCAGCAAGCUGAAAGAUCAGGUGGUAGAGGAUGGAGGCAAUCACUUCCUGCAAGAGCAGAUUCAGGCUUUGCUGCAGGAGCUGCAGGCGGUGAACCACAGCAAGAGCAUCCUUGAGAAGGAGCUGCAAGAGGUCAUCUCCGUCACCACUCAGGAGCUGGAGGAUUACCGAGAGAAGGUGCUGGAGCUAGAGGACGAGCUUCAAGAGUCGAGAGGUUUCAGGAAAAGGGUAAGACGGCUGGAAGAAGCCAAUAAGAAAUUGACCCUGGACUUGGAACACGAGCGAGGGAAGCUGGUCGGCCUGAACCAGUCCCACUCUGCCCUGAAGGAACACACCAACAUCUUGGAGACUGCCCUGUCCAAGAGAGAAGCAGAUCUAGUGCAGCUUAACCUUCAGGUACAAGCAGUUCUUAAGCGAAAGGAGGAGGAGGACCUGCAGAUGAAGCAGCUUGUACAAGCUCUGCAGAUCGCUCUGGAAAAGGAGAAAGAAAAAGUAAAUGAACUAAAACAACAGGUGUCUGCAAGCAAGGCUGAGGCUGGGCAUAAUCGGCGCCACUAUAGAGCAGCUGCCCUUGAGCUCAAUGAGGUGAAGAGGGAGCUGCAAGCUAAGGAACGGCAGGUAGAAGCACUGCAGGCAGAAGCUGACAAACUCCAAGUCCAGGAUAAGGAACAUUCUCAGGAGGUAGCACGUUUCCAGGAGGAAUUGGCUGCAGCUCAUUCUCAGCUGAAAAUACUGCAGCGUCAGCUGGAUGAGCAGCUCGACAAACCCGUCACUAUAAACCAGGAGGUGGAGGACUUGAAAUGGGAAGUUGAACAGAAGGAACGUGACUUCCGAGCCUUAAAGCAGCAGCUAUCAAUGACCGAGCAGCGGAGUCAGAAAGAGUUGGAAGGCCUCCAGGAAGCUUUGCAGGGCAUUAAAACGAAUUUGGAGGAUCUGCAGGAGGAACUUGCCACAACUCGCAAGGACAAGUUCAUGCUCCAAACCAAGGUGACGGAACUAAGAAACAGCAUGAAGACAUUACUGCAGCAAAACCAGCAGCUAAAGGUGGACCUCAAGCAGAGAAAAACACGCAAGCGAAUAGAGCUGAAAGGAGAUGCUGUUUCAUCAAAUCCGGUAACGCCGGUAAAGAUCCCCGAUUGUCCAGUGCCGGCCUCCAUCCUUGAGGAAUUACUCAAGCCACCGACUGCUGUGAGCAAAGAACCUCUCAACAACCUACACAGCUGUUUAAAGCAGCUCAGGCAAGAGAUGGACUGUUUGCAGCGGCAGAUGGAGGAGCACACGGUAACCGUGCACCAGUCUAUGUCAUCAUGGACGCAGAUCGAGGGGCAGUUGAUGGAACUUGCUGUGGAUGGCCCCAUUGCAGCAGCAGAGCAGUGCAGUAACAGUACAGAGGUCAACCUUGACAAUAGUGCAAAUACUCAGCACCUGAACGGGAAAGCCCAAUAGAGAACGGCCGCUGUACUGUAGCAGACAUCAACACCCUCCGCAAUGCCGAUGAGUAUGAAUGUUUUCCGAACCUCCUCGUGAUCCAUUUACAAUCUGAUUUUCUUGCCACCCAAGAGAAAAGUAGUUAAGGUGACCCCUUCACACCAUCCUUUUACAAGUUGAAGUGCCACCUGUAACUUAAAUGCACGCCAUGUGCAGUUUUAAUUUGACUGCAGGGGCCUUUACGAAGGGAUGGGGAGAGCAAGCGAUGUGGAGGAUUAGCUUUAUGGAGGCAUGUCCAUUGGCCGUGAAAUGGUACAGACUAAGAUGGGAGCAAUUCCUCACUGAAGCAUCCCAAUCCUUGCUUCAGGAUGUGGGUAAUGAGCUUGAGGUGAGUAGUCUGCCUUCAAGAAGGGUUUAAAAGGUUUAAAAAUUAUUGAUUCUAAUUUAUUACAAUUACCUUCACUGUAGCUGGUUGUAACUUUUGUUGGAGUUCUGAAAGUUGUCAAUUUAAUUUGGAAGUUGGUGGUGUAUUUAAGUUUAAGACUUGGGCAGCAUUAUAUCGGUACUGAAUAAGUCAAAGUGUAACCAAGGAUAUAAAUGAAGUUUGUACACUUUUGUCUGAAUGUUACUGAAUCUUUUAUUUCCCCCUUGAAGAAAGUAGAGUU